AUGGCCGGCGGCGGCGACCACCCGGGCGCCAACAAGCGGAAGCGCGAGGCCGCGGGGAGGCCCAAGGCGCCGUCCAAGGGGCCUGGCCCCGGCCCCGGCGACGCCGCCAAGCGCAAGAAGACCUACGACGCCCCCGCCGCCAAGCCCAAGCCGCAGCCCGUCACCGCCAAGGAGAAGCGGGUCGCCUCCAAGGAAAUGUCCGAGUCGAGGAAGAUGAAGAGGAAGCCCAAUUACAACCUCGAGAAGGAACUGGCAGUACUAUGGGAGAAGAUGAGAUGUCGUGAUGUGAGCAAGGAGAAUAGAUCCAAGCUAGUAACCGAGGCUCUCCGUAAAAUGGAUGGCAAAUAUUUCGAAAUUGCUGGAUCCCAUGUAACCGCACGUGUUCUUCAAACAUGUGUCAAGUGGUGCUCACAGCCAGAGAGGGAUGCUGUUUUUGUUGCCCUGCAGCCACAUUUGCUCCAUCUUUCUCGCAAGAAAUACGCUGUUUUCCUUGUGAAGAAGCUCAUAAAACUUGGUACAUUUCUCUAUGUUUCGCUAAACCCCCGUAUGUUUUCAUAUGUGAGAAUGUUGCUCGUUUGUUUGAUAACCCUUAGCUUGACUAACAUACCUUUUUGUUUUGUGACUGCAGCCACUAAAAAACAGCUUGCCUUGUUCAUCUCUUCCCUUCAUGGUCAUGUCGCUUCUCUACUUCGUCACACAAUAGGAGCCGCAGUUGUUGAUUGCGCCUUUCAUCAGGCGACGCCGCCUCAGAAAAGAAGUUUGUUGUUGGAAUUGUACUCCACUGAGCUUCAGCUGUUCAAAGACUUGACUGAACAAAAAUCAUGCAGUUUGUUAGAAACAAUUUCCAAGCUUGGACUACAGAAAUCAUCUGUCCUGCAGUAUAUGACUACUGUUAUCCAGCCACUUUUGGAAAAGGGUAUUGUUGAGUAUUCCAUAGUUCACACGGUCAUAUUGGAGUACUUAACAAUUGCGGAUAAGACAUCAGCCUUGGACGUGAUUCGUCAGUUAAUCCCCCAUCUUACCCAAGGGUCAUCUGUCGUAGAUGGAGAUGAACUAUCAGGGGUCGCUGAAGUACCAACGAAAUCAAAAGCUAAGAAGAAAAGAUCUUCAGAACCACUUCUCAUUCGAAUCAUGCAGACGAGGGAAGGUUUAAAAAUAGGACUUGCUUGCCUCAAGCAUGGCAGUGCGAAGGAUAGGAAGAAAAUUAUCAAAAGCUUGAAGGGGCAGACUAUGAAGCUUGCUCUUGGUGAUUAUGGAUGCCUUUUCCUUGCUUGUCUUCUCUCCAUUGUUGAUGACACAAAACUUGUUACUAAGGUUGUAAUUGAUGAGCUGACAAAGCAGUUAAAGGAACUCAUAUUUGACAAGAACGGGAGACGCCCAUUGCUGCAGCUACUUCACCCACUUUGCUCACGUUAUCUGACUCCGACUGAUUUGAAUUGUCUGAAGUACAGUGUGCCUUCCCUUGUUUCAAAGGAUGAGGCAUCAGAGAGUGCUACUAAAGUUAACUUGGAUAGUAAGUUGGAUGAUGUCGCUGACAAAGAACAUGGGGGUUCAGAAGACACAUUGGUUGCAUCUGAUAGCAAGAAGGACCCGUUUAAACGGCGGCAAGAACUGUUGGUGAAAAGCGAGCUUUUUGAGGUUCUCAUCGAGAUUUGCAUUGAAAAUGUUGGGGAGUUACUUAGAACAAACUUCGGCAAAGAUGUAUUAUACGAGGUUGCUGUAGGUGGAAAAAAUAAUGUCUUGGAGGGGGUCACCGACAGGAUCCACGUGCUUCACAAUGCUAUAGCUUCUGACGCAGCACGCCCGAGGACAGAAGAUGUUGAGCACGCCUUUGAUAACUACCACUCGAGCCGCGUAAUCAGAAAGAUGAUACUUGAUUGCCCUGCGUUUGCCGCUACCCUAUGGAAAAAAGCCCUCAAAGGGAAGUGCAAGUCAUUUGCAGAUGGAUUCAGCUCCAAGGUUGUGGCUGCCUAUCUGGAAUCUCGGGAUUCCAAGGUGAAGGAUCUAGCGAGAUCCGAGGUGCAGCCGCUCAUCGACGGUGGCAUUCUGAAGAUUCCAGAGCAUAAAGCAGCGGAGAAGAAGUGA